AUGUUGCGUCGCGCGAGAACGUACCCGACGAGAGAUGUCAAAAAUUUGAAAAUGGAUUAGUUCGAAAAUAACGAGGCGUCAGAAUUUAAUUAAAAAAAAUACCGCGUUCACGAUUUUAUUUAGAGGUUGCGUAUCGCGUAUUAAAUUUAAGUGUAGCACUUAGAUUAGUUUAAAUGUCUUAGGAAAUUAUAAAAAAUAGUUUUGAGUAUAUAAGCGUAUAUGGUGAUAUUUAGUUGCAGUGGUCGACGCGUUAACGUUAUUGUGGUGUCUGCAUAGCCUUGACACAAUUUCCCGCGCUAGAGCUUCGACCUUGUUUUCAAUUGCACUCUCUUUGAAUCUUGAUAUUUGAAAACACGGAAGCUAUUAAAUAAGUGUCGCUUAAAAUAUAUUAAAGUGUGUGAUGUUCAACAACUGUGUAAUUAUUAAUUUGUUGGACAUUUGAUUUUAUUGAUAUAAUUGACUAAGAAAUUGCACGAUGAUGACUAUAAGAUGAUAUUUCGGUGUCUAUUAUAAAUUAUGAGAAAUUACGAAAAUAAUUUCGCUUAAACGAUGUUGUGACCAUUCCAGUGAGAAAACUGAGGCAAGCAAAAUGAUCGUUUUAAAAGAUAUCAACAUCAGUUCAGUGUUACUGGGAGCAAUUAUCAUAAUCCUGAUAAAGCUGACCGGCGGCGAUGUUGUCGCAGAAAAGACAAAUGCGGUAUACCAAAACAAUAAUCAAUACAAAGAUAUACCGGAGCCUGAAACUCUGCCAGUUUUACACGGCAACGACAGUAAAUGCCGUAUAUCUGAAUAUCAGUGUUUUAAUAAAAAAUGUGUACCGAUAAAUCGAUUCUGUGACGGCAGCAACGAUUGUGGAGACGCUUCAGAUGAACCGAGACAUUGCACACGUUGCAAUAAAACGUAUUAUGGUGACAUCGGGCGGACAUAUGAGCUGGAACUGCACCGACCACGAGAAGAUCUUGUUCCAUACAUUUGCCUAUUAACAAUGACCGCUGCUGGGGGUAUACAUGGAGACUUAGUACAGAUUAUGUUUGACAGUUUCACUCUUGGCCGUUUCACUUCUUUUACUGACGAUGGAUGUCCGGACGGUUAUAUGCAAAUACAAGAGGCUAGUCGACCGCAAGUGGGAGGCUCGUGGUGCGGGACCUCCUGGGGUUCCUCGAUAUAUUAUAGCGAGACUAAAUCAAUUACGCUUAUUAUACGCUUAUUACAUUUAUCAAAAGAACAAAAUAAUUACAAUUUUGAUUUUCGUAUGGCAUAUAAAGUUCUUAGAAAAGAAUACGCUACAGUCAGAUAUGGAGGGACACCACCAUCAGAACGCCCCUUCUUCAAACUCAGGCCAAUGUUAUAUCCUGUAAACAUAUCACGUGGAGAAGAUACGAACGUCGGAAGGACGACAAAAACUCCCGAGUAUUACCUUGGGGAUUUGAUCUCAGGGACUUAUUGCUCUCGGAUAUUCAGCGACUGCGAUCGUAAAAAUUGUAGAUUACAAUCACCAAACUUUCCCGGCGUAUACCCAAGAAAUCUAACUUGCUAUUAUGCGGUACGUCAGCACGAAGUACCACAAGGAAAACACGCGUUGAUCGUCGUAAAGCAACCGAAUGGGCAGUUGAUUUCCAUCAGAAGUCAAAAGGCACUUUAUGCGGCUUCGCAAAAUGAUAGGGAAAAUAAUGGACGAGAAUUGAAAUUUUGGCACCAAUGCGAUGAAGUACAGGAUUACGUAACUGUUUACGAUGGAUAUACAACAAGGGAUCCAGUUGUUUUGAGGUUUUGUGGUGGAGGCGUGUCAGUUCCAGAGGCAAUAUCAAGCGGACCAGAAUUGCUUGUAGAAUUCACAACCUCACCUUUUGGAACAUUCUUGCAACCGGCUACGUCACAAUCACUACACGGAUUUCAGCUUGAAGUUGAGGUUAGAUUUGUUGAUCAGCAAUCUCCUACUUAUGCGAAGAAUAAAAGAGCUUGUGAAUUUUGGAUAAGAGGAACUGGGAGAGGAGUAUUAGAGCAUCCUCAACAUUCACUUCCACCAAACACAACAUGUCUAUAUCAUAUGCAAGGAAUCGACACAUCAGGACCUUCGGGAAGGAACAUUAUCUACAGAAGGCAAUUUUCGGCUCCCCGAUUUAGGGUGUGGUUCUCAGUAUUAAAAUUUUACGUGACCAAUGCUAUCAAUCCGAAUUUGCCGGAGGAUGAGUAUUGUGGAAGUCAUUUGAAUAUAUGGGAUGGCCCAAUGAGAAUAUCCCCCGGCUGUAGUGAUAUCUUUUGUGACAAGGAAAGAUCCGUGCAAAUGUCAAGAGCAACAUCUCCACAAUCAGUGAUAGUUGGACGACCUCCUACAAAUGCAACAUUGGUUGCAAGAUUUUGUCGAGAGCGAGCACCGCGGACAUGUGAACAUGCGUUAUUACGAAGAUCUAGAGCAUGUGCUCGAACAGAAAGCUUUUUGUCUAAAGGAGACUCCUUGACUUUGGAAUUGAAGUUGACUCAAGGAACUGCACUCAAACCAGUUUUCUUUAAAGCUCUGUAUGAGUUUGUUGAUCUUCACCAAGAUGGAGAACCAUGGGGUCGGGGACCAUGUUCACGUCGCUUCGUGUCCAGGUCGUUUCCUGAAGCUCCGCCAGACCCUCCAAUUACAUUUUCAUCUCCGCGAGACGUAUUUUUAUAUGGCAGAGGCGGGACGAGAAAUAUAAGUUGCACAUAUCGUUUUGAAGCUAAUCCAGGAGAAGUGGUGCGGCUUCGUGUUUGGGGUGUUCGUAAUGGAGGCAGGCUCUGCAGAUCCGUCCACUCGGCACAUUCACCAUGGUUCCGAUGUGGCGGUAUACCUACGGCUGCUGUUAGGAUAUUCGAAAGACCUUGGAGGGAUAAUGGACCGGGUGUACCAAGAGAUUGUUUGUGCAGCGAUGUCAACGACUACGAAUUUACAUCUACAUCGAUGGUCGCUGAGCUCAAAUUCGACGUGGUAAAUAUGUCAGCUCUUGAUGAUUUUCGAUCAUUUGGUUUCGAAGCAUCCGUCGAGUUUAUUCGACUGGACAGUGUUUGUGACAGCACUCACAGGGUUUACGGGGCAAGCGGAGAAAUGAGACUUUCAGCACAUGCACCCUUACCUGAUUUGGAACGUUGUGAAAAUCGUCCGUGGUUAAUAGAUCCUGCACCAGGUCGGUAUCUCUACAUUCAAAUCCAAGGAAGUAUAAUCAAAGAACCCGAACUAGAUAAUUUCACACUUCUGAAUAAUAUCACAGUAGCACCAGAUCUGGGUCACAUGUGUCGAACACCAAAUCGUAUAGCUGUGUACGCUGGAGGAUUGACUCCAAUAUUUAUAUGUCCUAAACCUCCAGAUGAGCAGGAAGAACAAGUAGUGGAAAUAUUCUCAGAAGGUUGGUCAAAUGAGAUCGAUUCUCUUGCUCGGCAUGUGCUUGCUCCACCGCCUUCUGCAGAUCGCUUUGACCUAGACUGGCCAAGAUCUCUUUCUGUUGAACUGAUAGCUGUAGAAAGUGGAUCAUACUAUAUUACAUGGCUGGAACUUUCAAGAAGGCAUUCAAGUGAACGUGGCGGAGUUUUCGCAUUAUCUGGUGAAUGUCAAUAUCGGUGUGCGUCCUUAGACGCAUGUAUUGAACCGUCGCUGUGGUGCGAUGGCAUAGCGCAGUGUCCUCAGGGAGAAGAUGAGCGUCUGUCGCAAUGUUCUGCACUUUUGCGAGUGCCAGCACACUAUGCUGCGGCAUUACUUGCCUUCACCAUACUAGCCGCUUUUGCUGUGAUAGCUGUAGCGCGUACCUGCCGCAGACGCCGUUCAGCGCUCCAGCAGCGGCUAAAGAGCCUUUCAUCAGACACAGCGAUUUUCGACGAGAAAGAAGUGAUUUGCUGACCAAGCGAGGACUCUGUGCGAUACGUAGAAGUGGACAGAGUCACCACAGUGUGACUGUCUCCCAGCACAGAGUCUAUCAGUACUGCAUGUACGUUGUUGUUCAUCACCUAACUAGGUUCAGACAGAGUGUUUGUUACAAGCGAAUAUAUCGCGUUUGAUCGAUGUUAAUAAACGAAGUAUGUUCGAAGUCGUUUAUAUAAUAAAAGUAAGCGAUUAAUCAAAUUAAAUCACAAUUAUAUUUGCUCGUGAUUAUAUUAAUAUGUUGUAUUUGAAUUAACUAUAUUUAAACAUUUUGGACCAAUACCAGUUGAUCGGUCUCUAAGUCCACUUUAUGAACCGUCUAACUUAUUUUCGACCUCGAUUUAUUGACUUGAUUAUUGAGUUUGAAUGAUUUUGUACGAUUCCGUAGUAACGCACAAACAACCAAUGACCGAUCAGCUAAUGGCACAACUUUUAUUUCCGUUGAUUACUCGAUUGUGAUUUAAUAAAAAAAAAAUGUAAAUAGAUAAAGUAGAAUUUCUUAAGAGAUUAUUAUUAGUAAUAAUUGAUAGGCUUUACGAAAUAUCGUUGUGGCAAUAAAUUUGUUUACAUUGCGUUAAGAUAAAUCGGAGUCGCGUUCAAUUGUGUUCUGAUUGUUGACCUUUCGUAUACGUGAUAUUAAACUGCCAUUUUAUAAAAAAUAUGUUCUUAUUCAAUAUAACCAAAUUAUUGAAAUAUUCUUUAGUUAAAUUAAUGAUGAUUAUACAAAAAAUUAUUUUACAAUAAAAAAAGUAAUUUAUCGUCUUUUGACGGCAAUGGCCACGAAUUUGAACGACAAAAUAUUUAUAAAUAAUUCAAAAUAGUUUACAUUUUAAAAUUAUGUGUUAAAAUCAAUUUAAAAAGAAAACAAAGUAUGAUAUAUCCUAAAAAAUUAAAUGUGUUGUAUAUAAAAUUUAAACUAUUCAUAUCUUAGUAAUGUAUUGAAGUGAUAUAAAAGAUAUUUCCCAAGGAAAUUAUUGAAUUCUAUAACGUCGAGUUAACUAUUAGUGAAAUUGUAGAGACAAGAUCCUAUUGAGAACACCUCGUCGAAUUACGAUAAGAUAUUAUUGAUUAAAAUGAAUGAAAAUUAGAUUGAAGUUUAUUAAUUAUCUCAACAGCUGCAUUUACACUUGUUCUCUUUACUUUCUUUUAUUUAAAUAACAACGCCAUCAUUCAACCUUUUUA